GUGGGAAACCUGACCAGCCGCAUGGCUGCGGGUUGCUCAGCGCCUCCGCGGCCGAAGGGGGCCUCAGAAGGGCCGGUGGUGGGACCGGCCGGCGUCUUGCCUUGCCUAGAAUUGCCUACCUACGCGGCCGCCUGUGCGCUCGUGAAUAGCCGCUACUCCUGCCUGGUGGCGGGGCCGCACCGAAGACACAUCGCACUGUCGCCGCGCUACCUUAACAGGAAACGCACCGGUAUCCGAGAACAGCUCGAUGCCGAGCUCCUGCGCUAUUCCGAGAGCCUUUUAGGUGUACCCAUUGCUUAUGAUAACAUCAAAGUAGUGGGUGAAUUAGGAGAUAUUUAUGAUGAUCAGGGACACAUUCAUCUUAACAUUGAAGCAGAUUUUGUUAUUUUCUGCCCUGAACCAGGGCAAAAACUUAUGGGUACAGUUAAUAAAGUGUCUUCCAGCCACAUUGGCUGUUUAGUACACGGGUGCUUCAAUGCCUCCAUUCCUAAACCUGAGCAGAUGCCAGCCGAGCAGUGGCAGACUAUGGAGAUAAACAUGGGUGAUGAACUAGAAUUUGAAGUAUUUCGUUUAGACUCAGAUGCUGCCGGAGUAUUCUGCAUUCGGGGAAAACUGAAUAUCACUAGUUUACAAACCAAGUGCUCUGCAGUUUCUGAAGAAGUAACAGAAACUGGCACUGAAGAAGCUACUGAAAAACCUCAAAAGAAGAAAAAGAAAAAGAAGAAAGACCCAGAGCCAUAUGAAGUGGAAAGUGGUAUCACAGAGCUAGCAGAUUUUGCAGAUGUUACCAUGAAGGAAGAGACAGAUCUGCAGAUUAAUAACAAUGUGAAUGGCCUCUGGAAGGAAGAGCCAAAGAAGAAGAAAAAGCACCAGGACCCUGUUUUCCAAGGCAGUGACUCCAGUGGUUACCAAAGUGACCAUAAAAAGAAAAAAAAGAAAAGAAAGCACAGUGAGGAGGCUGAAUUUGCACCACUUUUGGAACAUGCACCCAAAAAGAAAAGGGAAAAGUAAUUUUCUUUAGUGCAUUUUAAACAUGAUUUGGUUUUUUAAAAAUUGAUUUACACAAAAGAGAUGACUAAAGUUUGAACUAUGAAAUGUUUUGUAUUCCAGUACUUUGCAAAACAGGGAACAUUUGAUGAGGAGUUGAGUUUUUGGUGCUAAAAUUACAAAACAGAUAAAUUUGGGAAAUGCCAGUGUUAUUAAAGUGCUAUUUUACUAUAGACAGA